CGGUUCCGACGCAGCGGCAAUGUGAAAGUCCACCGCAGUUGCGAGUCUCCGGCUGUAACCGCCCGCGAGGACCCAGAUGGCAUCAGUCUGGAGGGGAUGGUGGUGCACAGAGCGGAAUGCAGACCGGUCGUCAAUGACAACUACAUGAAGCUGAAGAAGCUGCAGCUUCAAGAGUCCACCAAGCCUCAGCGUUUGUCUCAGCAGCUGGAGAAAGCAGUCACCACCAUCUUCAAGCCUGUGGCCAACCAUGAUUUCAAUUUGGAGCACGAUAAGAAGAAGAAGACCGAGGGGAAGAUGGUGAGGGCCGAGCGACAGGUGGUAUUGGACAUGUGCUUCUCUGCCUUUGAGAAGCACCAGUACUACAACAUCAAGGACUUGGUGGACAUCACCAAACAACCUGUGACCUACCUGAAAGAAAUCAUGAGGGAAAUCGGGACGUACAACAGCAAGGGGGCUCACAAAAGCACCUGGGAGCUGAAGCCCGAGUACAGGCACUACCAGUCUGCUGAGGAGGAGGAGGAGAUGCACACGGCCUGAAGCAGGGCACAGCUUUCAGGUGUUGGUGACCCCCUGAACACAGACAUGCUGAUUUUGAGUUAUUAGCAGCUUCCACAGCACUUGAACAUUAAGGUGGAAAAUAAAAUAAACCACAUGA